AUGCCUGACCUUCCUAAGCUCCACCCUGAAGUCACAUGGGCCCAGCGUUCCUCUAGCACUGAUGCUGAGCGCAAUUACCUCUAUGUGAACAUCAAGGCUCCUGAUGUCCAGCGAUCCGCUGCAACUCUCAAAAUCAACCCCAAGAAUAUUUCUUUCACCGGAGAUUCCAAGAAGGGCGUGACAUACGAUGUGUCGUUGGAUCUGUUUGCCGAGAUCGACCCCGAGAACUCCAAGGUGAACCACUCUGACCGUGAAGUUGAACUGGUCCUGCGGAAAAAGGAGCUCAAGGAGGAGUACUGGCCUCGCCUGUUGGAGACUCAGCAGAAGAUCCACUUCCUCAAGACCGAUUUCGAAAAGUGGGUCGACGAGGACGAACAGGACGAGGUCCCCGAGGAUGAUUAUGCAAACAACUUCGGCGGAUUCGAAGGCCUUGGUGACCAGGGCGGUCUCGGAAACAUCGACUUCUCUAAGCUUGGUGCAGGCCUUGAGGGCAUGGGUGGCGCUGAUGCUGGGGGUGGUGAGGGAGGAUCGGAUGAUGAUGACAUGCCCGAGCUUGAAGAGGCCGAUAACAAAGCUGCGGAGGAGGCCAAAUCCACUAAGAUCCAGGAGGUCGCUUAA